ACAAACCCCACAGAGCCCAUACCGUCACUUACUACGCGUCACGCCCUGCCCACAUCCUAUUGGCUGAGAGUUCCCACGUGACACGGCAAGCCGUUGCUCGGCGACCAGGUCUCCAUGGAAACGUUUGGCUCCGAAUUCACGGCGGCUGCGCAGCGUUUAGACUGGGCCGUGACUCCUCACGAUGGGUUUCUCCUGUCUCUUCCAACAGUGACUCUACAUGAUGUUGUUCUGGUGCUGAGGAUUUGAAUAUGGCGACAGGGGAAAAGCCUCGCAGAGAGAAGCAGGUUCCUAAGAACCCAAAGACCGUUACUCGGACGGAGCUGAAGAAGAUGCCCCCCGUGCAGAGGGCCAGGCUAUUGGCCUAUGAGCAGCCCAGUAAAGACAUGGCCGCCUCCCUGCAAAUAACUCAGAGUCGGUUGAAGGAAUUUGCUCAGAAAUCUGUCGGAGAUGUUCCCCAGAUGGUGCCGGACCCAGAGGAAGAGAGGAAGAUGAAGGUGAUAGGGCAGCUGAAGGCUGCGGAGGCUCGGAGCCGUAUCCGCCUCACCAGAUUACGCUUUCAGUGUAUGCGGGCUCAGGAGUUGAACCACCUGAUCGCUUGCCAACCGACUGCCCGCGAUGCCAUCCGGCUAGAGGUCUUCCUCCCCACUCGGCCUGCGACAGAACUUUCCCCUGACCCACUGGAUCGGAUCCAGAGAGCGCAGGUUGAGAGACUGCUGGAAGAUGACGUUGGAUAUCUCACCAAUCGCAUUGCCUGACUCAGUUCUGUGACCAAUCACAUCGCCUCAUUCUCAUAUCCCACCCCCAUUGGACAGAAAGUGGCCCCUAGCAGCCUUGGCAGUCAUGUUUCCCAGGCAGUUGCCCCUCUCGGUAAGAGUCACGUUGGCAGCCGGGCGCCACUCUCGCCAAUGUGCCAAUCAGCCUGCCCCGCCAUUACUCACCCACCGUGCCCAUCUGUUACACUAACAUGUUGCUGCCAAGGCAGGAUUGGUGCCCAGCUGGCAUUAGCUCUCUGGCAACAGUUGUGCCAUGUUAAACGUGACUGCACCUCUUACACUACAGGGUUAAACUUCCCACCACCUACCCCAUGUGUCAUAGCGACUGUAAGCGCCAUUGUACUCGCUGGCACCGACCCACCGAGCCCCCCCCGACUGUACAGUCUUGGCUCAUCCUGUACCAACUGUGCCCACUGCAGUCUUAUAGUCUCCAUAGGAAUAGCCCCAACCUAACUCUGGGCUUGGGUGACACCUACUGGUCACUUAUUUAAUAGCAGCAAACCUGUUCCAUUAACCUCUUCAUUCCCACACGGAUGAACAAUGGGCACACCAGCCCCCCGAUAAUAAAAUAGUAAUGAAAGAUA